GUUUCCCUGAAAGAAAAAUGUCGACUCGCAAGCGAAAACGUGGAGGACGGUUACCCGGUGGAAAAAAGGCAAAGAAAGUAGAAUCUGUCGCAGAUGGAGGCGAAUCCGCUGACACCCAACAAGAGAAGAAAGAUGAAUACACCAUUCCGCCGCCGGUUUCUAUAGGAAAAUGGACCAACAAAGAAAGGGUUCUCAUCUUCUCCUCAAGAGGCGUUAGCUUCAGAACGAGACAUUUAAUGCAAGACCUGAGGAGCAUCAUGCCACAUUCGAGAGCAGAUACCAAAAUGGACAGAAAGGACAAGCUAUUUGUUAUUAAUGAGGUGUGCGAGAUGAAGAACUGCAAUAAGUGCCUCUUUUUUGAAGCCAAGAAGAAACUGGAUCUCUACAUGUGGGUGUCAAAUAGCCCUCAUGGACCCUCUGCAAAAUUCCUCGUUGAGAAUAUUCAUACACUGGCUGAGCUUAAGAUGACAGGGAACUGCCUGAAAGGAUCCAGACCGCUCUUGUCUUUUGAUCCUACAUUUGACAAAGCGCCCCACUAUGCUUUGCUGAAGGAACUAUUCAUUCAGACUUUUUCCACACCGCGUUAUCACCCCAAGAGUCAACCUUUUGUGGACCACGUUAUCACCUUCACCAUUGUAGACAACAGAAUUUGGUUCAGGAACUACCAGAUCAUCGAGGAGGAUGCGGCGCUGGUGGAAAUCGGACCUCGCUUCGUCCUCAAUCUCAUAAAGAUGUUUCAGGGGAGCUUCGGGGGGCCCACGCUCUAUGAAAACCCGUUAUUCAAGUCGCCCAAUAUGCACCGACGAGAGCUUCAUCAGGCGGCGGCGGCCCGCGUGCGCGAGAAGCAGUUGGUGAAGGAGUUGCAGAAGGUGAAGAAAGCCGAGAUCAAGCCGGAGAUCAUCAGCGAUAUGACGGAGAGUGUCUUCGAUACGCCGGUGCCAGAGAAACCCGUGACCAUUGAGACAGAGCCGCCAGAGCCCAAAGCGAAGAAUAAGACGAAGAAGCGCAAACUGUUUAAAAGGAACAGGAUGCAGAUGGCGCGCAGGUAACUUAAGGGACUGAUCAAUGACCAGGAAGAUACAUUUAUUUUCACCAUAAUUUUUUCAUGUGUGAAUGCAACUACUACUUGUCAAAUUUAGAACAGUGUUUGAAGUCAACAGAAAUGUCCUCUUUCUUCAAAUUAUAAUUUUUUUUUAUACAAACUGUCAAA